UCGUCCUAUUUUCGAUGGAAAUUCGUCGAUCUUUUCACCUAUGCCAUUGCAAAUUGAGGAGGACGGGUCCAUCUUUAAUGUAAAACUUGACACUAACCCAGAAGUAAAUGCGCGCGUGAAAACAUUCAAAAUCAUCAUACGCAAAAAUGAGAAUGGUGAAAUUUCAAUGAAACCAUUGAAGCAAUAUAUGGAUGGACAAAUCGGUUUAACACAACAAGUAGCCAACGCAAUGACAGCUCUUAACACCAUUCUCAAUUCUGAGACUCGCGACAAAUUUCCAAAUGUUAAAUGCGGAAUUUUCCCAGACCAGGAACGAGCGUAUAGAUUGCAUGGCGGGAUUCAAUUGCGAUUUGGCUUUUCGCAAAGUAUUCACAUGGGCACCGACAAUCUAUAUGUGAAUGUCGAUAUUUGUUUCUCGACAUUUUUUCCAAGUGGCCCUUUACUUGAAGUCAUUGGCGCUUUGUUUGGCAGAAGUCGCGAUGACUUGCAUCGCGGAUUCAAUAAGCAACAAAAAGGAAUCUUGGAAACUCUUCUUCGCGGGAUCCAGUUUCGUACGACACACAGAGAAGGAAGUCGGCGAAAAUUCAAAAUAGAAAAAUUGUCCAACCAAGCGGCACAAGAUAUUAAAUUCAUGGACAAAAAUGGACGCGAAUUAUCUGUCGCGGAUCAUUUUUUGGAUCAAUAUAAACGACAUCUUGAAUUCAAGAAUCUUUUCUGCGUAAUCGUAAAAAAGACUAUCCAUUUUCCCUUGGAAGUUUGCGAAGUCCUUCCAGGUCAAGUGUUCAAAAAAGACUUGACCGACGUAGGGAAAGCUGAUAUGAUCAAGAUUACAGCAACCAAGCCGUUGGACCGAUUCAAAAAAAUCGAGGAUGGGAUUGACAAAUAUUUGCAAUUUAAUAAUAAUAAUGAUUUACAGGCCGUUGGUAUCCAAAUCUCGAGAGAAAUGGCUGUAGUAGAAGGUCGUUCACUAGCUUCACCUAAACUAGCAUAUCCAAAGAGUGAAGUCGAACCUAUGAACGGUCGUUGGUCAAUCAGAAAUCUAAAAUUUCCUAGAUGCCAGUCGUUAUCAAAUUGGAUUAUAAUUGUUUUAGCAGAAAUCUCCGAAAAUAAA